AUGAAGAUGCAGCUCUCGACUUGGUACACCAUCGCCCUGAUUGCGGUGCAGGGCGUCUCGGCCUCGUUCGGCCCCUUUCGACGCGAUUUGAAGCUGAUGGCUGAGAUGGGUCUCGAUCCGGAUGUUAUGCGGGUGCAGAAGACUUCUGUUCAUUCAGUCGUGAAGAACAGCUCCGAUGAUAUUGCUGCGCAAUAUGUGACAGUAAGAAUUACACAUCACAAACAGGGAUUAAUGAGUUUUGCUAACACACAUCAGUUGCCAAUCGAUCAUACCGAUUCUUCUGUGGGUACCUACAAGAACCGAUACUGGGUACAGGAAGAGUACUACGAAAAAGGCGGACCGGUCUUUGUGUAUGAUGUGGGCGAAUCGAAUGCCGAGAGCACAGCUCAGCUGCAGCUUGGAAACGCGACUUCCUUUUUCGCGGGGAUCUUGCAAGAGCACAAUGCGAUGGGAAUUGUCUGGGAGCACCGAUACUAUGGCGACUCCCUUCCCUUCCCCAUCACCAACAAUACCCCUCCUGAGCACUUCAUCUACCUCACCAAUGAACAAGCCCUGGCCGACAUGCCGUACUUUGCCCAGAACUUCUCCCGUAAGGCAUACCAUGAUGUUGAUCUGAGACCCUCCGCUACCCCCUGGGUCAUGGUCGGAGGCUCAUAUUCUGGAAUGCGGUCUGCUUUCACUCGGAACAAGUACCCGGAAACAAUUUUCGCAUCCUAUGCAUCCUCAGCUCCGGUGCAAGCGCAGAUCGACAUGAGCGUGUAUUUCGACCAAGUUUACGACGGCAUGGUGUUCAAUGGACAUUUGAACUGCUCGCGGGAUAUCAAGGCGGCGAUGCAGUAUGUCGACGCUGAGUUGGGGAAAAAUGAAUCAUCCGCUGCUGCUAUCAAGAAGCUAUUCUUUGGUGAAGGUGCCGAGACAAACAACAACGGCGAUUUCACAGCUGCACUAGCUGGAGUUUUUGGAUACUUCCAAUCCUAUGGUCUGGGUGGUGGAGAGGGUAGUCUGGGAGCUUUCUGUGAACACCUCGAAACCGACAAUGAGAACCUUACCAUCGCUGGCGCCCGUGGAUUUGCACCAUACCAUGGUAGCGAAUAUGUCGUGAAACGCUUUGCCUCAUGGCCGAUCUUUGUGGAACUAGUCAAUUUCAACUACGACACCAACUGCGAACAACUCGACGUGGACCAACCCCUUUCCUGUGUACUGAACCCGAAAUCCAUUGACGCCGACACCAUCAGCUGGACAUGGCAAUUCUGCACCGAGUGGGGAUAUUUUCAAAGCAUUAACAUCGGACCUCACUCACUUCUAUCUCGGUACCAAUCUCUGGAAUAUGUUCAAUAUACCUGUAACCGACAAUUCCCCGAGGCAGUUAAAAUGGGACUUCUUCCGAGACACCCAUUGGUACAAGCCACGAAUAACCAAACCGGAGGCUGGUCAAUUCGACCAUCAAAUGUUUACUGGAGCGGCGGUCAAUUUGAUCCGUGGCGAACAUUAUCUCCCCUCGCCACGGAAAAGGCUGCCCCACAGAAUGUUCAUUUCACGACGGAGAUCCCCAAGUGUAAUGUGGAGACUGCCGAGGAUACAGUCUUCGGUUACAUCAUGCCUAACGCGGAGCAUUGCUUUGACUUUAAUAUGAAGUUUGCACCGGGCAAGACUUCACGUGGAUAUUUUCACAAGGCGUUGAAGGAGUGGUUGCCUUGCUUUAAGGGGAAUCAGAUCAGUCAGACUCAUUGA